UUCCUUUGAUAUUAGACUCGCACCUUGAUAGAUGGCGCUACUUUGUUUAUUUUCAAUUUUAGAGAGUUGUCUUCGCCAACGAAAAGAUGGAUACACCAACACGUAAACGCAAGCGCGAAAUUCAAGAAGAGGAGAACGACGAAUUUACUUUUGUUUUCGGUACAUGUGGACUUAGUCUAAAGAGGAGAAAGAAAACGUCGAAAUCGGCAUUGCCAUUUUCCAAAAAUGUCAAACAACUCCCGCAACUUCCUGCUCGCUUCGACCAUCAUGAUGCUCAGAAUGAUGAGGAUGCUGAAAAUGUUUCUCCCCAAAGUAUGUCUUGGAAACCACCAAAACAAGUGAUUGAUAAAUCAGUCUUCACUCCACAACGUGGGGAGUCUCUGAGAAGAAAUGAUACCUUACGCCACAGUCUACAAAGAAGAGUGUCGAUUAAUGUGUUGAGGAAAAAGAUGAAGAAAUUCCAAGAUUACUCUCUGCCCUAUGACACAAACUUCAAGUAUCUCAACCAUCUUGCUCAGGCAUACCGAAUUCGAUACUGCAAAACAUGCUCAGAAGAUGUGGAUCAUGAUCUUCAGCAAAAGAUUGAUCAUGAGAUCAAGAUGCGAGAAGGGACCGCAAAAUUGUUGGCGGCGUCCAAACACCCCGCCCAGAUGCUGGAGGCUGCGAAAAACUUGCUCACAUCCAACACCCGCAUAAUGACCUAUAUGACAGAACUUCAGCGUCGUAAAACUGCAGAGGUGCUAGGAAAAAAUGUAUCAACCCUUGGCAACCAGCUACCAUGUAAAGCUAAAGUCAGUAUUUCUGAUAUUCGCAUUCCAUUGAUGUGGAAAGACACGGACCAUUUCAAGAACAAAGGAGAUUACAGAAGGUAUGCUGUGUUCUGUUUGUUGAGAAUCGGGACCGAUAUUUAUGAGACGUCCAUGUUGAGCAAUGUUGAUCGCAGUAUGACAGACCUCACAUUUGAUGACAUUAUGGUUUUCAAUAAUGUCCCCCACGAUUUCACGUGUAAAUUUGAGGUGUAUUGUCACAAACUUCAUGAAGAUCUCACCAUAGCAAGCACACCCAAGAAGCUUCGCAAGAAGAUCAACGAUUUGUCAGGGUCUGUUGGGCGCAGUGUCGGGAAACGCCUGUCGGGGCUGAAUGACUCGGACAUUAUAGGAAACAUGGUUCUGGGUCCUCGUUUUGAGCUGAUGGCCAGUGGAACUUUGGAACUGAAGGAUGUUGGUGAUUCCAUUGGAAACUUUGACCUUCAAUUGACCUCUGGUGCUGACCUCACGACCUGUGAACUCCCACUGUUUGGUGUUUACUGUCUGAGAUUGGCUAGUCAACCGGAGUGUUUAGUGGAGCCAAUUGUCUCCGGAAACCUUAAACUUGUGGAGGAGGAAAAAGCUAAACCAUUUUGGUGUGUGUUAAAGAACCUCUCUCUCUCCUGUUGGUCCUCUAAAGAAGACAUGGAGGUCACAGAACCACUGCUAGUGAUCCCUGUUACUAAGAAUACUCAGAUAAGUGAUUCGGAUCCCAGUAAGAGCUCAGGAACAGAAAACACGUUCCACAUCAUGACAAAACAUAGGGGUGGAUCAAGGGAGUACACAUUGGCAGCGGAGUCCAAAGAUGACCUUGCCCUGUGGUGGGACGGACUUCAGCAGCAUUUACUGGAUCAAGCUCUUUGGAAGCAUGCCUGUGAUUACCUUAUGGAGAUAAAAUCUCCAUCACCUCACAAAAAACCCGCCUUCUUAAGGAAAUCCUCUAUUUAUGAUGAUACUCCAUUAGCAGAUAAAGCCAGUUCAAGACCCAGAAGUGUUGUAAGUGACCUAAAGAAAGAGGACGACCAGCUCAGCCAAAUGUUGAACACACUGAUGGGCGAAGCCAAGCAGAUUAGGGGAGAUAACCCAUACACAACAACAGUGUAGGGAAAAGAGUUAUCUCUCUUUGACCUUAACCCAUUCCUUACAAUACACCAUGCUGUGUUCAACAGGACAAAUUUGAUAAAGUGCUAUAAAGUAUCUACUGAUAACCAGGACAAAUACUCUGUACUUGAGUGCAAUUUAUUGUCUGUAGAAGCAUGUAUGUACGGGGUAACCACACACCUUAGUGCUAGUAUGUAACAGUAUUUAAUGUACAUAGUUCUAAAAACCAUGUGAUUGUGAAUGAAAGAAAAUUUUUAUGCAUGUGUGAUAUAUCCUGAUCAUGUUUUGGACCAAAGAAUCAUCUGUAAAUGGCAUUUCGAGCAAUUGGUUUGUGUAUUUGGUUGUUUUUUCCUUUUCAUGCAGCAAGUUUAAUAAUUUAUGUUAAUAGUAUAUGGACUAGUCAAAGAAUGCUUUAAAAAAGGCAGCUUGUUUGAUUAAGGUACAAUAUUUUAGAUUCAUGAAUUUCCAAAAUAUUGUAAAUUGGCUUGAUAGAUCUGUUGACAAAACUCUGUAACUUUCUUCAAAGUCUGAAACUUGCGAUCAGUUAUUAACUUUCUGACCACAGCCUGGGUUUGGAAAACUAAGGACAAAGGAAGAAUAUUUUUUUUGAAAUAACAAUAUUGACUAAAGAUGCUACUGUUUAAUCAGCUGCACUUGUCAUUUCUGUGAAUUAAUUUUUUAGCAACAUUUUUAGAAAAAAGACAUUUUAUUGACAUGCCUGUAAUUUUAUUUUAAAAAUUUGUAGUUUUUAAUUGAUUUGCCUUUUAAAAACAGUCAUUGGAAUACUAGUUUCUUAGAUUAUUGUAAUGGUUGUUUUUCAUAGUAUUGAUAUGUCAUUCAUGUUUUUAUAUUAAUUUUGAUCUGCCUAUGUCAGCCGUGCAACUUCUCAGGUGUCCAACCCUUUGCCUUGUUCCAUUUUCUCACUUUGUGUGUGAGUUUGUGUGUAAAUGUUUACAGACUCUUGUCAUUAACCAGUGAACAUCUGUGAAAUACUUACCUUUCUUUCUAGAUAUCUUUCUAGGAUCUUGAUAUCUCUCUAGGAUUUUGAUAUCUGUCUAGGAUCUUUAUAUCUGUCUAGGAUCUUGACUUCCACAAUCUUUAUAUCUUCCAUUUGUUGAAAACAUAAUUUUUUUAAUUUAAAUUCUGUGAACUGAAGUUAAUACAUAAACUACAAAAUAAAUACAUUUCUGAAAUCA